AUGUUGCAGUCAGGGAUACACGAUCUGGGCGGCAGAGCCGGUUCGGUGCUCCAUGCAGUGCUCCGUGCCCCUGCUAACUGGACAUGUGAGGCCGGCAGAGCAAGCCGGGAAGCAGCGGGGUGGAAACGUAGCAGGGCCCGCAGCUUCAGCAGCACCACAGUGGCUAUGGCCCCGAUCAAGGUGGGAGAUGCCAUCCUCUCCGUGGAGGUAUUUGAAGGGGAGCCUGGGAAGAAGGUGAACCUGGCAGAGCUGUUCAAGGGCAAGAAAGGUGUGCUGUUCGGAGUUCCUGGGGCGUUCACCCCUGGCUGUUCUAAAAUCCACCUGCCUGGGUUUGUGGAGCAAGAUGAGGCUCUGAAGGCCAAGGGAGUGCAGGUGUUGUCAUGUCUGACUGUUAAUGACAUCUUUGUGACAGAAGAGUGGGGUCGAGCCCAUCAGGCAAAAGGCAAGGUUCAGCUCCUGGCUGACCCAACUGGGGCCUUUGGGAAGGAGACAGAUUUAUUACUGGGCUAUUCUUUGAUGUCUCUCUUUGGGAACCGCAGGCUGAAGAGGUUCUCCAUGGGGGUAGACAAUGGCGUAGUGAAGGCGCUGAAUGUGGAGCCGGAUGGCACAGGCCUCACCUGCAGCCUGGCCUCCAGCGUCCUCUCCCAGCUCUGAGACCCGGCCAGAUGGAGGUCCUCUGUUGCUC